CGCCUUCCUAGUCACCUGGAUCACGGCCUUCGUCAUGGUUGUGGUUCACGAACGAGUGCCAGAUAUGAAGAAAUACCCCCCACUACCGGAUAUCUUCCUCGAUAACGUUCCGCACAUCCCGUGGGCCUUCCACAUGUGCGAAGUCACCGGCACCUUGCUGUUCUGUAUCUGGCUUUGCGUGCUCAUCGUGCACAAGCAUAGAAUGGUUCUGCUGCGACGAUUUUUUGCCCUGGCCGGGACGGUAUUUCUCCUCCGUUGCGUAACCAUGCUGAUUACGUCGCUCAGCGUCCCGGGUACCCACCUGGAGUGCACUCCUCAUGAUCACAAAUUUGACGACAGCACCGCCGUGAGGAUAACGGAAAUGAUUUAUCUGCGCAUCAGCCGAGCUUACACCAUCUGGAGCGGCCUGGGAAUGUCGAUCCAGGGCGUGAGGACCUGUGGCGAUUACAUGUUCAGCGGCCAUACGGUGGCGUUGACAUUGCUUAACUUUUUCAUCACCGAAUAUACGCCGCGUAAUUUAUAUUUUCUGCACACACUGACCUGGCUGCUCAACAUGUUCGGAAUAUUUUUCAUACUGGCCGCCCAUGAGCAUUACUCAAUUGACGUCUUUGUUGCCUUCUAUAUAUCGUCCCGGUUGUUCCUCUACUAUCACACGUUGGCCAACAACCAGGUGGGA